CUCAGACUAUUUUUCUUUUGUGUUGUAUAGUCAUAUGCAAAUGCACUUAUAAGCACCUUUGAAGAUCCGGAGAAGAUCUUGGAACAAACUGUGCUCGAAAUGAAUAACGAUUUGAUAAAGAUGCGACAAGCUACAGCACAGGUACUGGCUUCACAAAAGCAGUUGGAAAACAAGUAUAAAGCUGCACAACAAGCUUCUGAAGAUUGGUAUCGUAGAGCCCAACUUGCUCUUGGAAAAGGGGAUGAAGACCUUGCUCGUGAAGCUCUUAAAAGAAGAAAAGCUUAUGCUGAUAAUGCAAGUGCCUUGAAGGCUCAACUUGAUCAGCAGAAGGGUGUGGUUGAAAAUCUGGUCAGCAAUACACGGCUUUUGGAGAGCAAGAUACAGGAAGCAAAAUCGAAAAAGGAUACUCUGAAAGCACGUGCUCAGUCAGCAAAGACCGCAACCAAAGUAAGCGAGAUGCUGGGAAAUGUAAAUACAAGCAGUGCCCUUUCAGCCUUUGAAAGAAUGGAAGAAAAAGUUUUGACGAUGGAGUCUCAAGCUGAUGCUCUUAACCAAUUAACCAGCGAUGAGCUUGAAGGAAAGUUUGCAAUGCUGGAGACCUCUUCCGUUGAUGAUGAUCUUGCCAGCUUAAAAAGAGAAUUGACUGGCAGCUCAAAGAAAGGGGAGCUUCCACCAGGUAGAACGACAGUUGCCAGUUCAAGCUCAACAUUGCAAUUUCAAGAUUCAGAGAUUGAGAAAGAAUUGAAUGAAUUAAGAAGGCGGGCAAAUGAUUUCUAGAGAUCAUAUUCGAUCUUCCUCCAUGUUCACAUAUCGUCUUUCUAACCCUUUUUUCACUCGAAGAAUGUGGUUUUGGUUUCCAGAAAAGUUGCCUUGUCGAUAAAGGCAACGAAUAUAGGAAGUGAAAAAUGGAAAGUAUAUUGAGAUAUGUCGAUACGUCUUCUUUCAUAUUAUUGACCUACAUUAUGGCAAUAUAGUGUAAGCUAGACUUCAAUUUUGUAUAUUGUCACCCAAAUGUUUCAGGAGUAUAGUUGUCUAAGUUACAUUGUUUGGAAAUUAUAUAAUUCUGGUUUUGCAUAGGAUGCUAUCUGA